AAUGUCGCCAGCCACUCACGGCUGCCCAUCCCUCCCAUCCUGAGUUGACUCUCCUCUUCUCCGCAUUUCGUCUCCCACACACCACACAUAUGCUCACACACCCCGGAUGAUCAAUGUUACGCUGGACGUGGCUGGGAGCUCCUGGUUCCCCAUACUUCAUUGUGCUUCAUUCGGUCACAGCUUCUCGAGCUCUUCCGACUGAGGUGCCUUGUGCAGGCAUACGAUUCCUGAUCAAUGAGCUCCGCGACCUCGCCGUCUCAACCAACGACCUGGCAAUGGCCCAGACGUCUGUCUGUGCCUUGACCAUACCUACUCGCCCGACCUGUCACACAAUGGCCCUAUCACCCUUCGAAGAACUGAUCGUCCGUACCCUUCGUUACUCCUCCGCACCUGCUUCUACCCAUGACCACAUCAUAUACCACGGGAUGGGAAAUCCUCCACAUCAACCAUGUCAACCCCAUGUGCCAACGUUUGCAUUCGGUCCGUCCUGUCUCCCCAGACAGGGUUCCCCUUCGAUCGACUCAACCGGCCAGCCCAAUGUCAUUCGACGUCGUAACUCGGUACGACGGUGGGCCGUGUCGUUACCCAUCCUGCGACUCGGGUACCAUACACACGAGGCAACCAUGGCUGCCCCCGAACCGGGCCCAGGCAAUCCACCGCCGACUGUACAUGCCUCACCGUUUACUUUAAGUUUGGCUCGCGCCCACCUGCAAGCCUUCAAAAGCCUUGAGGGACCUUCUCCGCUGACGAAUACAUACGACAUCACAACUUCAUCUCGUCCCACCUAGACGGACGAUUCAACUAAUUGUAACUGAACACAACUUCAGAGACAGUCGCCUUUGCGCGAAUAUCGCCAUCAUGUAUCAGGCGCAAAACAUCUACUUCAUUUGCGGUUUC